AUGAUACGCACUCCAUACAUCGAUCACUACAACCAUCCUCUCGACGAUCUGGCUUUCCAUAUUGCCAACAUCCCCCUCUGGUCCAACAUUGAGACUGCCAUCGGUUUUAUCGCCGGCUCCCUCCCAGCUUUGCGACAAUUCUUCAUGCACCGUCGCUCCCCACGACCUACAACUUUGGGUCAAACAGAUGUGUCCCAUGGCCUCCACCCGGGGUCAGUCGGGCUCGUCACUAUUGGCGGCUCGGGAGUGACGUCCAAGAGCAAGAUACGCAAAGGAACAAAUUAUGAGGACGAUGGAGCAGGACAGGGAGACUGGACACGUCUCGAUGAAGAUAGCGUCUCGGAGAAAGGAAGCACUGCGCCUGUUCGAGGAAUUCGCAAGGACAUGACCUUCGAGGUAUCGUCUCUACCAGGACAAAAAAAUGGCCGUGGCAAAGACUAG